GUUUGUUAAUUUUAUAUUUCAGGUCUUAAAAGUUGUCACUCGAAAUUUGAAUCAAAUGUAUUUGCAGUAACAGUUGGUGUAGUAUAACCUUAAGACUGAAAGUGUCAUAUAACCUGACUCUUCAAUUUGGAGGUACAAUUCAUAGUCAAGAUGGUGGCAAGAAAGCUUAGUCAAUGUGAAGAAAGAAUAACAACAAAUAUAUGAUAGAUAUGGGGAUGUCAAAUGCUGAAAGGCAGAAGAGAUGGCGGGAGAGGAGAGAUGAGGAUCCCGAUAAAAGACAGAGAUUCCUUCAAAAAUGUAAAGAGAGAUACCAGCGUGAGAAGCAAUCUGGUAAACGAAAACCAGUUACGCUAAUGACGGAAAGAGAAAAGAGAUCCGCACGAAAACAAUGGCGGGAAAAGAAGAGAAAGGAUCGUGAGCGAGAGCGAGAGGCAAAGCGUGCCUUACAGAACAUACACACGCCACCAUCAUCACCUGAACAACAACCUGAGAAUCGUGAAAAAAGUAGACAAUAUAAGCAAUCUCAAAAGAAAAGUAUGAGAGAAAAAGCAAAGGUGUAUAGAGAGAAUAAAGCACUAAAGACAGAAAUAGAGUCACUGAAAAAAAAAGUAUCAAUGUACAAAAAACGAUAUGAACGCCAAAAACAUGAUACGCCUGAAACACCAAGAAAAGCCGUCAAAAGAUUGUUUAGAACCUCGAACAAAAAGCAGUUAAAGAAAUCUUUGUUAGAGUAUAGGGUACUUGUAGAAGCUUUAAGAAAGAAGUAUGCACAGAAGCGAGCAAGAGACAAAAGAGACAUCUCAAAAAUCCUGUGCGAACAAACAUUAAAGAAGUACAAAAUGAAAAUUGAAAUGUACGAGUCAGUCGGAUGCAAAACACGAUUCAGAAAAUCAAAAACUUGUUAUAAUACAAGAACAAAAAGAAUCGCAGAAAAGGUACACACGUUCUACACGCGGGAUGAUAAUUCUCGGCUUGUAACAGGGAUAAAGCAAACAAAGACGUAUAAAAAGGCAAAGAAACAGAGAAGAGUACUGUUGUAUGACUUAAAAACCCUUCACAAGAAGUUCCAUACAGAAGGAAAAACAAAACUCUCCUAUUCUGCUUUUUGCAAAAUGAGACCUUUUUAUGUAGUUUUCCCAAGAAAAAGUGACAGAGAUACAUGCAUGUGUAAAAUAUGUAAUAACACAGAACUCUUGGUAGAUGCCUUGAACAGAGUUAAGAAAAGGGAUCGAGAGACUCCGUCGUCUUAUGUACAGCAACUAGUAUGUAGUGAGAAAAACCAGAAUUGUAUGGAGAGUAAAUGCUCCAAAUGCAAAGAUUAUACAAUUGAUAUUGACAGAAACUUACGUGACAAAGAUGUCAACUGGUAUGAAUGGAGGACAACUAGUGAACGUAGACAGAUUAAGAAAGGAACGGAAAUAGAAGAAAAAGAGGUUCAUGUUACGUCCAAGCAAAAGCACACAGGAACCGUUGACGACUUAAUGGAUAAGAUAAAUACUCAAAUUAGGAGAUAUGCUUCACACAUAUACCGAAUGUAUACUCAAUACAACUAUUACAGCAUGAAGAAGAACUCACUUAGUGACAAUGAAGCUAUUCUUCAUAUUGAUUUUUCUGAGAAUUUUGAAUGUGGGUAUGGUAAAGAGAUACAAUCCGUACAUUUCGGGGCUUCAAAAAAACAAAUAACUCUACACACUGGAAUGAUAUUUCUGAAUAACAACAUACCAAAGAGUUUCUGUACUGUUAGUGAUUCUCUAUGUCAUGGCCCUGAAGCAGUAUGGGCUCACAUUAAUCCGAUAUUAACAGAAAUUAAAAAGACCAAUCCAAAAGUAACAAAACUUGAAAUUUUCAGUGACGGCCCGGUAACACAGUAUCGACAGAAGGGAAACUUCUAUCUUACUAGUAUAAGAGGAAAGGAGCUUGGUUUUCGAAGCCUGAAUUGGUCUUUUUUUGAAGCAAGUCACGGAAAGGGGGCUCCAGAUGCGAUUGGAGGUGCUAUUAAACGGCGUGCAAAUAAUGCGCUUAAAUACGGACACGAUAUCACAUCUGCAAAGGUCUUUAUCGACAAGCUGUGCGAAGAAUCUAAGGUCAAAAUGUUUCUGAUAACUGAACAAAGUAUUGAAGACAUGGCAAAGUGUUUGAAAGAUGUAAACCUGAAGACUAUACCAGGAACUUUAAAUAUACAUCAGGUUAUUUGUGAACCAAAUGAUGCUGGAGAGAUCUAUUUCAGGAAAUUGAGUUGCUUUUGUGAACGGAACCAUGAACAUGAAGGUCAUAAAUUUGACAAAGCAGUACUUAUAGAACUAAAAGACAAGAAACACACGAACAGCGUUAACAGAGUUAAGAAAGACAAUAAUACUGAUCAGACAAAAAAAACUGAAAGUAAACAUGUAUUUGAUAAAGACAAAGAAGAAACAUGUCAUACAAGAAAACGAAAAAUGUGUGACUCCACUAAAGAGAUCGUGCCUGAAAAAAAACGGUUGGUUGUGAAAUCUUUUCAAUCAUGGAUAAAAAAUGGUUCAACUGACAUACAUAGCAAAAAAUCAAAAACAGAUGAGAGUAUAUUAACAGGUAUUGAUAAAUGUAAAACAUUUCAAGCUUUAAAAAGAAAAGUUUCAGAUGUUCAAGAAAUAGUGAAGUCAUGUAUUCCACAAGAUGUAUGUUUAUAUGACAACAAACUUGAAGUUGACUUCGAAUCAGUCGUAGAUAUACCAAAUGAUAUAAAUCUACCUCAUGGAGUUAAAGAUCUAUAUCCUGUCAAAGUUAGAAUGGACGGAAACUGCCUACCCUCCUGUGGGAGUGUAUUUGCAUAUGGAACACCUGAAAGAUGUAAUGAACUUAGAUCUCAAAUUGUAAAAGAACUAACUCAGAACGAGAACUUUUACUUAAAUGAUACAAACUUGCAACAGGGAUUAGGAAGUAAUCACAGAGUUAGAUCCUUGAGCUCCCAGUUUGCUCAAUACUCGGAAUAUUUUAUUCCGGGGAUGAAUCUGAAUGCAACAAUUAUUCGUGACAUUUACAGAAAAGAAACUUUAUCUGUAACUAAGGACCAAGCAUAUAUGGGUAUUUGGCAAAUAUUUGCUUUAGCAAGUGUAAUUCAGACUCCAAUAAGAUCAGUUUAUCCUCAGAAAGGAAACGUCAAUGUUAGACAUGAUCUUAAUAGAUUAAUAUUGCCACGUACGCAAACAAGUUCAGAGCCAGUUCAUAUAAUGUGGACAAGCACUAGACAAGAUCUUUUGCUUGAGCACUGGAUACCUAAUCAUUUUGUACCUUUAGUGCCAUUUACAACUCCCGAUAAAGACUGCGAGACCACUGCUGAAGUAAAUAGAACAGUAGAGAGCGAACAGCCCGAUACAUGUGACACAGAUACAAAUACAGUGAAUGAAACAUUGCCAAAUUCAAAGAAUGAAUGUAACGAAACCGAGAAAACCAGUGCUGAUGUAAAUAGAAAAGAAAAGAGUGAAAAGCCUGAAACAUGUGACACAGAUAUAUUGAAGGAAACAUUGCCAAAGGCAAUGAAUGAUUGUAACAAAACCGAGAAAACCGCAGGUGAAGUAAAAACAAAAGUAGAGAGUGAAAAGCCUAAACCAUGUGACACAGAUAUUGUGAAGGAAACAUUGCAAAAUGCAAAGAAUGAUUGUAUCAAAACCGAUAAAACCACCGCUGAAGUAAAUAGAAAAGAAGAGAGUGAAAGGCCUGAAAUAUGUGACACAGAUUUAUUGAAGGCAACAUUGCCAAACACAAAAGAUGAAUGUAACGAAACCGAGAAAACCACAGCUGAUGUAAAUAGAACAGUAGAGAGUGAGAAUCUUGAAACAUGUGACACAGAUACAUUGAAGGAAACGUUGCAAAAUGCAAAGAAUGAUUGUAACAAACCAAAGAAAACCAUAGCUAAAGUAAAUAAAACAGGAGAGAGUGAAAAGGCUGAAACAUGUGACACAGAUGCAUUGAAUGAAACAUUGCAAAAUACAAAUAAUGAAUGUAACAGUACUGUUAACACGAAAGCUGAAACUGAACGUUGUAGUAUCAAUGAAACAAACAAUAUUAAUAAACUGACAAACCAAUUGAUAAAGGAAGGAAAACUGGAUACAAAAGAUAAUGUUUCGAAUACAGAAUCGCUUCCUGAUGACAAUGUAGAUAAAACUGAAAAAGAAAUUCAGUUUGAAAAACCAGACAUGAAACACUUAUUAAGCAAAUAUGUAAUUGUCAACUUUAAAGGCAAACCAUAUCCUGGAAAAGUUAUUAACAUACUUGAUACAGAUGUGGAAGUUGUUUGUAUGAAACAAACGGGUAAAAAGAACGAAAACUCUUUUUACUGGCCAAAAGCAAUUAAAGACAUUUCUUGGUAUGAUUACGACGAAGUAGUAACAACUAUUCCUAAACCAAGACAAGUUAGAAAAACAAACCGUUUUGAAAUUGAAGAGAACACAUGGAACAAAAUGAAGAGGGAUAAAGGUUCACUUGAAGAAGCAAGUUCUGAAUCAAAUAAACUCAACCCCAUUGAUUUAGGUAAACCAGAAGAAACAUUGGCAGAUAGACAUUCAUUGGAAGAGAAAAAUGAAUAUGUUGACAGUAAAAAAUCAGAGACAGAUAACAUAUAUAUUGAUAAGAAAGAAUCAGGUACACACAUGGAAAAUGAAUAUUCUGUCGAUGAAUUUGAUGAAACUAGUGGCAGAAUGAUUGAUGAAAAUGCCAAUGAAGUAAAGUCUGAAUUUCCAGAUAUGAAAGACAUCUUGAAUAAAUAUGUGAUCGUUAACUUUAACGGAAGACCAUAUCCUGGAAAAGUAAUCGACGUAGAUGAAGAAGUGGUGGAAGUCACUUGUAUGCACCAAGUUGGAAAGAAGAAUUCAAACUGUUUCUAUUGGCCGAAAUUAGUUAAGGACAUUUCUUGGUAUGAUUAUGAUCAAAUACUUACUGUAAUACCUGAGCCAAAGCCGAUAGGAAAUACAAACCAAUACAAAGUUGAUGAAUUCAUAUGGAAUGAAUCUCAGAAUAAAACACUGUGA